UCGGUGCUCGUGCACGCGAAUGCCAAGCCCCGUCAGACCAGUCAGUGCCUCAUUGCGCCCGCGGGCCGCCGCGUUUCCCGCGUAACCGAACCACGGACAACAUAGUGUAUCCCGAAUACUCCCGCGCAAAGAAGAUGAUUUGGCUGUACCUUCUAUUGGCGCUGGCCGUGGCCAAGGGGCAGGAAACCUGUCUAUCCGUGGAAGACGAUCCCUACCUCCUAUUUGGCACGAAGACAGCAUACAUUUUUGCAAAUUUGGGCGUCCCUUCGACGAGAGCUCAUGAUGUGCCUGGUUGUCAGCCCAUAGCCUUCUGGCUGUUAAGUCGACAUGGUUCUAACAAUCCUGAAGCCAAUGACAUUGUGGAACUGCAGAAACUCGGAGACUUCAGAAACAACAUUGUUACCAACUACAAGAAUGGCAACUUUAGGAACACCAAUCAACGCAUCUGCACUUCAGACCUAAAUCUUCUGGAACAAUGGCAAUGGAACCCGCGGCUCAACGUGACAUUUGCCGGAGACUUGACAGCGGACGGGUACAUGACAACCCAGCAGCUGGCUCAAGCUUGGAGGCAGAGGUUCCCUGGACUCCUCACUUCCAGUCGACAUCAUUAUUUGUUCAAGUACGUGAAUGACCAGCUGUCGAGCAACACUUUCAAGGCGUUCACUGAGGGACUGUUCGGAGACCAGGCAGAGAGCUUCGAUAUACCUAAGGAGAACGAUGAAAAAAUUGUUCGGCCUUUCAAAUUCUGUCCAGCAUGGACGAAAGAUGUUGGGGACAAUAACGACACUUUAUCUCAACUGCACAUCUUCGAGUCCAAGAGAGAAUAUCAAGAGAUGAUCAGCAACAUCUCCCUGCGGCUGGGCUUCAACUACGACGUGCAGAAGGAGAUAAUCCUGCGCAUGUACCAACUGUGUCGCUACAACAAGGCCUGGGACGUCGUCAAGAUAUCGCCCUGGUGUUCUGCUUUCACCCGCGAGGAUCUAAAACGCCUAGAGUACGCUGAAGACUUGGAGACAUACUACAAGUACGGCUACGGAUCAGCUCUCAACAAGGAUGUCGGCUGCACACACGUUAAAGAUAUGAUGAACUUCUUCGAAAACUAUGUUGGGAAAGACGAAAUUCCCCAACAGCAGCCCCGUGCCAUGAUCCAGUUCACUGAAGCCGCCAUGCUUCUCAUGACCCUCACGGCUAUGGGAGCUCACCAGGACACCGCCCCUCUCACUGGAGAUAACUACCACUCGGCUAAUGUACAGUCUAGGAAGUGGACUGCCUCCAAAAUGGCUCCUUUCAAUGGAAAUCUUGCUGCUGUUUUGUACAAGUGCACUCAAAACGGUAAUUUCCAAGUAAACGAAGAAUACCAAGUUCUGUUCCUAGAGAACGAACAUCCCCUAUCUCUGCCAGGGUGUAGAGUCGGACUCUGCGAUUGGUCUCUCGUCAAAAACCGCUUCGGAGAACUCGUGAAGAAUUGUAAUCUGGACUUCUGUAACUCAGCUACCAAGAUAAGUAGUGUUAAUGUUAUUUUAUUUACGUUUGUAGCGUUUUUUGUUAGGUAUGCUGUGAUCAGGAUAUAGGCGACUUGUUAAGAUAGUCAGUUUAAUGCCAUGAGGUCUUAGUAAGCGGGACUGAUGAAGUUCGAUUCAUUUAAUUUUAGACCGUUAGCAUUGUAACUUUGCUCCCAUUCAAUGCCCAAGUUAUCAUUGGCGACAUAAAAGUCAGUUUCCUUAAAACCACUAUUUACUCUGAAUUUUCAAAGUAAAAAGUUUUACUUACGUAGACUGGGCCUUAAUGUUUAAUGCGUCUUUCGGUCUUCAAUAUAGUUACUAUGUUAAGUCCUGCUUAUCAUGAAUUCAUGGUAGAAAAGAACACUUAUGUUAUUAUGACUUAUAAGCUAAAGAAGUCAUGAUUAAUUUGAAACAAGGCAGAGCAAUAGUUUUAUGCUACGCAGGUCUUACUAGGCGUUCUCAUGCAUGCGUUUUCGACACAAGUCAUCAAAUUGUAGGUCAUUCUCUAUGCACGCGUAACUACGUGUCUUGGGAUCGCCUAGUCUGAACCCAGCAUUAGAGUAUUACAGGUGCAUUGAUAACAGAUGCAUUUACAACUUAGAAGUAAUGGUUGAUUAAUUAAUGCAAUAGUUUACACAAUGUUUUAAAUAGAUUUUCACGUUCAGUCAUAGUUUAGAUAUUUUUAAUAGUAUUUAUAUGGUUUACCUGCUAUUACCUAUUAGAGCUUAGAAAUAAGAAAUAAAUGUUGCUGUAAUUCGGAGAUUCAGAAUUAACUUUUGGUACAAAUUCUUAAACAUUAUUGCACCAUAAGUGUACAAAAUAAUAGUCGCUAUCAUUCUUAUACAAAUGUAUUUUGCUUUUGAACUAAUUAAUAAUGUUUAACUACUUUAAUUUAAAGAAAAUAAUAAUUUCUGUUUUGUAAAUAGAGUCGUCUUCAAUUGUGCUUUCAGAACUAAUUGAUUACUAAAUAAAAAGUAUUCUCUCUUGGAUACUUAAAAUAUUUUUUCAAUAUAGGCUGCGCUACACUAUGACGUCAAAUUAUGCCUCUUGUGUAGCCCACCCUUAAAUAGCUUCAAUCAUGAUUUCUUAAUAUUAUUUACCAAAAUUACCUUGAGUACCUUUAUCUUAUAAAUUUUAAUAACAUGUACCUAGACUAAAUGAUGUACUUAUUUUUCUAUAUACUAAAUAGUAACUGUUUUUAACAAAUGUUUUAAGCACAAUAUUUUUACACAAGUUGUUAAUAGAACGCUUAAAUGUUGAUGUUUGAUAUUAUUAUUGUUGUUGUAACUCGCACCAAAUAGAACUAUGUAAUAGUUGAAAUAAAAUGUUUUCAAAUCUA